AUGGGGAAUGGGAUGAACAAGAUCCUGUCUGGCCUGUAUAUCGGCAACUUCAAAGAUGCCAGGAAGAACAAGAUGACACACAUUCUGUCUCUGCACUACAGCGCCAGGCCAACAUUGGAGGGGGUUAAAUACCUGUGCAUACCAGCAGCGGAUUCACCAUCUCAAAACCUGACAAGACAUUUCAAAGAAAGUAUUAAAUUCAUCCACUAGUGCCGCCUGCGAGGUGAGGGCUGCCUUGUUCACUGCCUGGCCAGCGUCUCCAGGAGUGUGAGUCUGGUGGUUGCAUACAUCAUGACGGUCACCGACUUCGGCUGGGAAGAUGCCCUGUGCACUGUGCAUGCAGGGAGGUCCUGUGCAAACCCCAACCUGGGCUUCCAGAGGCAGCUCCAGGAGUUUGAGGAGCACCAGGUCCAUCACUUCCGCCAGUGGCUGAAGGAGGAGUACGGAGAGAGCCCUUUGCGGGAUGCGGAAGAAACCAGAGGCAUUCUGGCCACCCCAGGAAUUCUGAAGUACUGGGCCUCUCUCAGAAGACUGUAAUGUACCUGAAAUAUUGCAAAGCCAGAGUUUAGGUGCUGCCCAGAA